UGCAAUAAUCUAUCCAUCGAAAAGUCGACACCCGAGUUCUGGACUCUGCACGCAGUUUCACUGUUGAUUGAUUCACGAGAUUCGCCGGAGCCCCUAAAAAAUGGCGGAGAAGUACGAUUCCGAUGAUCGGAAUGGCACCGUGCCGGUUGACGAACAAGAUAGAACCAGUCACAAGUCCAAAGGAGUGUAUAAUAUGGAUCGGACAGUUUAUGAAACCCUCCGCCGUCUGAUCGCUGAGGUUUUCUCCCCCGAUAAAGCUAAGGGUUCUUCAUUGUUCCAGCGCGUUAAGGUCUCCAUCACUGAGAAUGGCCCUGCCGUUGAAAAGGCCUGCAGAAACAUUGGUCGCGAUGUUCUUUGCUGGACUCGCAGGGGCAGUCCUCUUAGAGCACUCCUUGUUAUCUCCGUUGGGACAAUUGCUCUUCUUGCAUUGACGGGAUUGCUCAUCUUUCUGCUAUUCUUUCUGGCAGCAACUUUCAACGCCGUUGUUAUUUCUCUUCUUGUUUCCUUGGCUGCAGUUGGAGGCUUCUUGGCACUUUUCUUUGCUUGCAUAACGGCUGUUUACAUCGGAGCAUUAACAGUUGCUUUGUUUGUUAUAUCCACUGCAACAAUCUCAGCAAUUGUGGCAGUGGUGAUUGCCGCAGGUUGGAUUGGAUUCUUCUGUGUGGUAUGGCUAGCAAUGCGAAAAAGUUUUGGUAUUGCUAAGCAGUCGAUGAGCGCGGGCAGUUCAGCAAUUUCAGCAUUUUCUCAUGCUAGACGUGCCCACAAAGAUUAGGUAUGUUUUUAGAUGAGUUAAGUGAAUGCUUUGAACUGGUGUAUGUUAUUGCUUCACACGUGUUUUCCCCUAUUGAGAGUUACGUUUUGGAGGAUCUGCUGCAUAUGUUGUGUUGACUUUGAAGUUGUUCUAGGUAGUGAAACCAUAACAUGUAUUUGUAAUGUAAAUAUUCUGUUAAAUGUGUUGAGUCAUACAAUAUAGUCCUACUAUUUUAUGGGUUCCUUUAUUGGUGAUGAAAGUAUCUAGAUUGAAGAUAGAACUUCCCAGAACUGUCAUAAUCUAAGUAAUAUUUUGGCUUUAAGUUACUGCUAUGUACUGUAAUUGUGAAAAUUUACAAGGAUUUAAAUUUGAAGUGU